AUGGCGCUAGUUCCACCUGGAAGUUCCUGCAGCGGUAUCUCCGAGUGGCCGGUUCGCUUGCGACUGACAGGGCUCGCUGGAGAAGAUGCCGAGUUCAACGGAGACUACGCUCGUGAACCUGGGCAUCAAGAUGUCCCAAGUUGGAGAUUGGAUGGGCCGCGCCGGUGUCAUAUGUACUUGGAGAAGUCGAGCUCCUUGGUGCGUUUUGCACUGACGCUGAGUGAUGUUGCGCAACAGCGCUGCUUCUUGUCAGCCAGAAUGCCAGCUCUUGCAGCAAGCAGAUCGCUUUGGGCAGGAAACCUGUCCUCUUGGAUGCUGCAUGACCAGGCAGUGAGCAAUGUUGUGUUGCGACCUGUCAUGGGUAGAUGGGACAAUCUCUCUCCCGACCUCGGAGCGUCGCAACGGCCAGUGCCACGGCCAAACCAAACACCAGGUGCGAAUGUGAAAGCCGAUGUUGUCACCUUACCCUACACAAAGGGUAGAUGUCACCAGUGGACGCAGAAUGCCGCAGUAGCAGAGCUUGUCCAGAAUUGGAAGGAUGAGAUUGAUGCCGGUUGCGAACGUUCUGGGCACAGCAGUCUUGAUGUGAAAGUCACGCACUCCUGCAAAAGAGAUCGUUCGCAAAUGGCCAUCUCAACAUACCACGCCGUGCUCUGUGAAGGUACAAACGAUGAGUGCACAUUGCUUGGCACCAUAGAAGUGAGGGAAGAGGCUUCAUCCCUGUCACUGACAUUGACCAACUUCUCCGACAGCAUGUUUGUUGAAAUGUUGUGGGAUGGUUGGGCUGGAAAGGACAAGGAGCAGGGAAAGCGUCGUGGUCAAUUUGGAGAUGGCUUGCAAUCGGCUGUGUGUGUUUUAUCACGAGACCCUGGCGUUGACUUCAAGAUCUUCUCCAGUGGCCACGUUUGGAGCUUUGAUUGGUCUUUCCCAAGUGAAGUAGCCAAGGUACAUGGAAAGGAAGCACUACGAGUGACAACAAGAGCGUGCAAUCAAAAUCUGAUUGGAUUUGAUUGUUGCCGAGAUACUCGUAUUAAAGUCACUGGACUCCAACGGCAGGCGUUUGAAGAGGCACAGUUUUUGUUCCUUUGCCCUCCUUACGAGGUGAUUUCAAACAGAGCCGGUGACAUUCUAUUAUGUGAGAAAUUUCGAGGUUGCAUGUACGUGCGGGAGAUGAGGGUACUGCAGCAUCAAGACCGCGAGGGUGUAGUCGGAAACCGACAGGGAUUGAACAUAGUGACUCAAAAUCCUGGCCAAAGUCGCGAUCGCAUUGGAUUUCUGUCGGAGGCCACUAGAUCUUCUCAGACGGUCUCGAUUUGGAUUAGUGCGCUUUCUGAGAACAACCGACAUGUCGCCGAGUUGCUUUAUGAUGCCUUGGAGGAUCGUCAUUCGUUGGAAGCCCGCGCUUUCUUUCUGUAUGCAACGCAGACUCACCAAAUUCUUUCAACUCACGCCCAGCUGUUGGCUGAUGUGUGUGCAGCUCGCUUUCCAAAUGUGUUUCCGAUCCUGGAGACUGAUUACAAGGGUCACAAGAUCGUCACUCAGAAGCUCAAGAAGCGGGCAAUCAAUCUUCCGAGGGAGCUGUUUGAAGUCCUGCGAAGAGCGAGCGAUUUCAAGACGCCUGAAGAGUAUUGGAAGAUGCAACAAGACGAGCUGGCUCAAUCUGCCGAAAGACUUCCUUUCACAGAUAAAUACCACUACGCAGUGGUAAUUUGUCAAGAGGCCUUACGAACCCAAGUCUCAUACGAAGUUGCGUAUGAUUCAGACCCUGGGAAUGAUAUCACGUUCAGGCUGUUGACUGAGGGAACUGCUACCAAGCUGCUUGUUUCCAAUGUAUGUGCAGAUGGUCCUGCUAGCCGUUCUUUCAUCGGCAAUGGCAGUGAACUGGUUGGGAGGGAUUUCCCUGGUGGAACCGAGCGGGUGAGUUUUCAGCAGUCGAGGAAGUCUGCCCGCUACGCCUUCAGAAACUUGCCAUUGUCAGAAUUAGUGAGAAUGGAAGGCUGGACUUACCCAUUCAAGUUGCAAUUUCUGCUGCGACCUGCAGAUCUGAUGGAGGACCAGUUCAGUUUGGUGUGCCGCGAGGACCUUGAAGUUCCGUUCGUAGCACUUCCAAGCACAAGAGGUUCCACACUGCAGCAAGCCAAGUUUGUCAUCAACGCCGCCGGGUGCAAGUUUCAUAAAGCCUGGGAUUCCUACCAUUGCCCUUAUUUUGCCACGCAGGGAGUGUGCUUUUGUGGCGUUGAUCAUCUACUGUCAGCGAUACUGGAAGAGAUGGAGAAAUCUUUCAAAAUACACCUGAACAGAAUUCAAAGGCAGUGGGUGGAUGUGGAGAAGAACAGGCUCCUGCGCAAGCACGAGAAGGUGUACACGGUGCACAAGACACAGGUGGUGCUACGCCCUCCUGGAACAGAAGCGGGUGCUGAGCCGCGCGUCGACGACGAGACCGUGCGGCGCAUUGUGCAGAGCUACGUGUCCGGGAGUGCAGAGAACUUGUCUGAGGAGGAGCGCAAAGUCCUUUCUGCAUUGCGCCUUGUUGUGGCUGAAGUGGAAGCACAGAAAUGGGGAAAGAACCACAGCAGUGAUCCUCAGGCCGCUUUGCUUGGCAGCCAGCUGAUUCAAUUUGCAUUGGCAGUUCGUGGCAGCAUCAAGGGUUUGCCCGUCAAUGGGCAGUUGGACGUUUACAAGAGCCGGCUUUCAACACCGUCACUUGCUGGAAGUGAGGAAGCUGGCCAGCAAGUGGAAAGUAGACUCGGCAAUGCUACUCGGCGAUUCUUGGAUGACUUCUCUAAGCUCCUGGAAUCUAUCUUGAAAACGGUCCACGUCCCACCUGGCAAUCAGACCGUCCUCUCCGUUCUUGAUGCUGGCAUUCAAGGGAUGGAUGCUGACAUUCAGCAGAUGACCCCGAUCGAAGUGGAGGAUGAAGAUGACGGCCCUUUUGCGUUUGCAUCUACAGAGGACAAAGAAUUCCUCCAACAGUUGCAAGCCAUUUUGCAGCAGCGCGCAGAGACAUACUUUUCUACACUCACAGAGCAAGUUCGAGCAAGAAGACUCACUGUCCCCUCCAGGUUCCGGAAUGCCGCGGGCUGGAAAUGGUUGAAACAGAUGCUCAGCGAAUGGGAGACAGUGUUCACAAUCAGAGGGCUCAAGACCAACGAUACCAACCCUAAGAUUUCUUUGAGAUCGAGAGACGCUUGA